GCAGAGCCUGCAGCGGGGCCACCAUGCCGCUGGUGACGAGGAACAUCGAGCCCAGGCACCUGUGCCGGCAGCCGCUGCCCAGCGUGCCCAGCGAGCUGGAAUGCAUGACCAACAUCACCCUGGCAAAUGUCAUCCGACAGCUGGGCAGCCUGAGUAAAUUUGCAGAGGACAUCUUUGGAGGGCUGUUCACCCAGGCCAGCACCUUCGCCUCCCGGGUCAGCGUCCUGGUCGAGAGAGUCGACCGCCUGCAGGUCAAAGUCACUCAGCUGGACCCCAAAGAGGAGGAAGUCUCCUUGCAAGGCAUUAACACCAGGAAGGCCUUCAAAAGCUCCACUACUCAGGACCAGAAGCUCUUUGACAGAGAUUCUCUCCCCGUGCCUGUUCUUGAAACCUACAGGACCUGCAACACUCCUCCACCCCUCAACAUUCUCUCACCUUACAGGGACGAUGGCAAAGAGGCUCUUAAAUUCUACACAGAUCCUUCAUAUUUCUUUGACCUUUGGAAGGAGAAAAUGCUUCAGGACACCAAGGAUAUUAUGAAGGAGAAGAGGAAGCACAGGAAAGAGAAGAAGGAGAACCCCAACCGGGGCAACGUCAACCCACGGAAGAUCAAAACCCGCAAGGAGGAGUGGGAGAAGCUGAAAAUGGGGCAGGAGUUUGUGGAGUCCAAGGACAAGCAUGGCCCUGCUGGGUACCCUCCUGCCAUGGUCUAUCAGAACGGCAGCAUCGGCUCCAGCGAGAGCGUGGACGGGAGCUGCUACCCCCCCCCGCCGCAGGCUGACUCCAUUGUGCCACCACCUCCCUCCUUCCCAGAUGACAGCCUGCCUCCACCCCCGGUGGAAUUUAGCUAUCCUGCAGACAACCAAAGAGGUUCUGGGUCCGGAGGGCCCAAGCGAUCCAGCCUGGUCAGCCCCAGCCACCCUCCGCCGGCUCCCCCCAUCGGCUCCCCCUCCGCAGCCAGGCCUGGCUUUGCUCCCCCUCCAGCACCGCCUCCACCACCACCACUGAUGGGAAACAUCCCUCCUCCACCACCUCCCGUGGGCUUCCCAUCCCCAGCUACCCCCCCUCCCCCCUCCCCCCCUUCUUUCCCUCCUCACCCCGAGUUUGCUGCCCCCCCGCCGCCGCCACCCCCUCCAGCAGCCGAGUACAACAGUGUGCUGCCAGCUGUGCUGCCACAGCUGCCUGGGGGCACUGUGCCACCUCCCCCACCACCACCACCUCCCCCUGGGCCACCACCUCUGUCUUCUGGUGGCCUGGAUGGUCCUCCACCUCCUCCUCCACCCUUGGACACCUCUGCCUCCAAGCCCAAGUCAUCCCUGCCUGCGGUUAGCGAUGCCAGGAGCGAUCUGCUCUCAGCCAUUCGCCAAGGCUUCCAGCUGCGCAAGGUGGAGGAGCAGAGGGAGCAGGAGAAGAGGGACGUUGUGGGCAACGACGUGGCCACCAUCCUGUCGCGCCGCAUCGCCGUGGAGUACAGCGACUCGGAGGACGACUCCUCGGAGUUCGAUGAGGACGAGUGGUCGGAUUAGCCAGGCUUCCACCCCCUGCUUCCCCUCCUCUCCUGCCUUAACACCUUAAAGAAUCAGGUGGCCAAACCUUCCACCACUUCCUUUUUCCACCCCGUAACCAAAGAUGUGCCAAGGGGGCUCAGACGACCAGCAGCAGAUCUGCCCUCGGCCUCCCCCUCCGGCCUUGGCAGGACUCUGGGCGCUCCUCACGGACGCCGCGGGUGUGGGGCUGGGGGCUAGCUGGAGGGGCUGUAAGGGUCUGCUGUUGAAAAGAGAGCUCUAAGCCUCCAGGUCCUCGGUGCCAGCAGGCAGAGCACACAGCAGCCCUGCCCCCUGAGGGAGUCAAGAUGGAUGAUGUGGUGGCGGCGCAGAUGAAGGACACCUCCAGCUGCCUUGCUCCUCGCACCCGCAGCCAGCUGAUCCCAUGGCCCUCCCUUCCCAGUGCAUACUGGGAGUGCUGCAAGAAAAUGGCCUUUAAAUGUCACUCCUCUGCUGCACCCCACUGGCACAGGAGCAGGUUUAGGCAGCAGUGCACAAUUCCUGCCCCUUAGUAUUAUUUGCAGACCACGCUGCCUGGGCUGCGCCUCCUGGCCUGGGGGCUGCAGAGGGCAUUGGGUGCAGUGUGGGGAGGGGCAGGGUUUGCUUCAAGAGCUGCCUUCACCUUCCCCAAAUCCUCUCCCUGGGCUGCCUCACAGAAGGAGACUUGCACAAAGGGGGUGCAAAAGUUGGGGCACACAAUUGCUUCCCACUUCUGGGACAGCAGAGCCAUGACCCCACUGCGCUCCCUCUGUGUGCUGGAGCUCUGCUGUGCUGACUUCUGCCUGCUGGGAGAGUGCUUGAAGCAGGGCAGGGCACAAGUGCCUCAAGCGAGGAGGUGGUGUGAGGAGGGCUCCUCUGAACCCCAGGCUCUUGGGAGCUUCUCUGGCCUGUUCAGGGCAGUGCUGCAGUUGGUUUAGGAGGUGCUUUGUGCAGUGGGCUGACCACGCAGGGCCUUGAGGAGCAGAAAAUGCUGGCAGGAGCUUUGCUGCCUUCCUCAUGUGCCUAGGAGCACCUCGUGUGUGAGCUGAGUUGCCCAUGGGUUACAUCAGCCCUGCUCUACCUUGUUUCCCAUCCUUUGCUCAUUAUCAUUCAUUAGUUAAUUUGCAGAAGACAUUUCUGCUUGUCACUCACCCUGGGAAUUCCUGAGCUGCUCACUGCAGCCCUGGAGCAGCCAUGGGGAGCAAGUGGUGACCUUGAACUGGCUGCCCUGGGCUUUGUGCCUGGCUUCUGUGCCCUUCCAUAGGCCACAAGCACAUCUGGGCAGUCUGCAAGCAAAUGCCCUGCUCCAGCUGUGUGCUGGCAUUUGAGCAUGGCUCAGUCAGGGUCAUGCCAGAAAGUGAUUCCAGAGCCCUUGGGAGACCCUGGGUGCAGCAGCUGUGGAGUGGGACCAGCUGCACCUCUGCUUACAACCAACUCUGCAGCCCUUUUUGUUUUGCCUUGCCCAUUGUGAGGUGUUGUGCCAGCCUGUGCCUGUUCCUUCUCCUCUGCCUUGCCUUGUUUAAUGAUGUUGCUGAUACCUGGAGUGCCAGGCCCAGCCCCAGGCUGCCAGCUUGCUGAAAAUCCUUCUUGGGUGUUGAUUGAUGGCUCCAGUGUGUGCCAUGGAGCUCUCACGGGCUCCUUGCCUGCCUGCACAUCUCUAAUGCUGGGCAGGGCAGAUGGUGGCUGGAGGAUGGGGACGAGCUUUGCCGGGGUGCAGAUCAAGCUGAGAGAUUCACUGCCCUGCCACAGCAUCAGACUUUGUCUGCAGAUCCCCUGGAUGCAAAGGGCACAGCCAGGGAGGCAUCCCCACGGGCCAGGAGCAUCUGAGCCGUGCCAGUCCCAGGCUGUGGAAGAGGGAGCGAACCCCUGGAGUGCCAGGCAGGCAGCGUGGGUGGAGGGACUUGGAAGUGCAAACUGAUUAUUGCUGCAAGCUGGGGAAGGGAGGCUGGGGAGAACCACUGCUGCUUGUUUUGCUGCUCUUCCUCUGAGCAGCAUCCUCUGGCUUCCCUGGGACACAGCUUCCUGGGGAAGAGGGAGCUGGGGGCUAAGCUGUGCUGGCAGCGUGGGGCCAGGAGCUCCCCGUGCCAGACCUGGGCUCCUUUUAAACUGCCUUAGCGAGGCUGGGAGAGGAGAGCUGCAGUGGUGCUGUGUGUGAAGUGCAGCCAAGUGCCAUACUGCCUGCUCCCGGGGGGCAGGGCUGUCGGGCAGGGCCCUGCGGGCAGCGGGGCCGAGCUCGCCCCACGCUCCUGCCUGUUGCACAAGGCCGCUGUGUGGGCGAGCUGGGCUGGCACGGCCACGGGUGGGGUCGGCUCCUCGGGCUGCCUCUCCAGCUCCAGAGGCGAUGGGAGGGACGCUGCUUUGUCCCUGCAAGCCUGCUGGAACCACCCCCUGCUUCCAAACUCCCACCCCGAGGGGCGAAUGGGAGCUCCUCGAUCUUAAACAGCAGGGCUGGGCAGGUAGGGGAGGCCGUGUGGGGAUUUGCCUUUGGCUUGAGCCUGGCGUGGAGAUGGUCGAGGCACAGCUGGGCUAAGGCAGCCUCUGAGCAGCCUUGCAAGAUCACAGAGCGCUGGGCCACCAAGUAAGCUCAGCAGGGGAAGAGGAGAGGUGCCAAAAACAACCUUUGCAAGGCAGCAGCUGCGCUGUAACUGCAGGGCUGCUGCCCCACGGAGCCCGGGGGCCUGCGCUGGGUUCCCUCUGCCGUCUUUGUCAUCUCGCGUUAGCUUCCUCAUGCUCUCCCUCCCUCACGCAGCUGGGCAGGCCAGCCAAAAGAGCAGGAGCCGGCAUCUGGGGGCCAGCCCUGGGAGGAGCCCCCAGCUUUCCAUGCCACCCCCAGCCG